UGAUGACGUAAUUCACAGAAGGUGUUAGAAGACAAGUGAAAUGUAAUAAAUGUGAAGGCAAAAUAAUGUAGUAUGGGCCAUGGACACAGUUUACCUGAUCCUGAAAGAGUCUUUAAAAAACUUCAUUUACAUAUUGGUAUUAUCAAAAGGAUUGCACAUCUCUCAUAUGAAGAUUUUCUGAAGUCAGUUUUGGAAUUAAAUGACAUAACAUCAUCAUUUAGUGACCAGAGAGGUAAACAGCUAAAGUUUACUGUACAAGAUGGGACAGAUACCUCAGUUUUUUGGAAGACUACAGUCAGAAUAUGCUGUACAAAGGUUCUUGCAAUCAGAAAUCAAAUUCUGUCAACUAGACUCCUAACCUUAAAACAGUACAUUGAAAUAUACAAGGAAAUAACAGAACAAGUAUCUGCCCUGCCAACAGACAGAAGUCGUGUAGAUAUAUGUGCUUCAGUGAUAUUUGAGCAAUCAAGAAAUGACGUAUCAGCAGAGGAGGAGGAAGAAUGUUGUAUCUGUAUGGAAAGCAAACCAGAACUGAUACUCCCAUGCACACAUAGAUUCUGUGAAGGUUGUAUAAAGGAAUGGAAUGUGACAAGUAAGACUUGUCCAAUCUGUAGAGAAAGGGUGAACAGUGUGGAAGACACUUGGGUAUUAACAGAAAAACCAGAUACAACAGAAUAUGAAAAAGAUGUCAAAGGUUACCUGUUGUCCACUAACAGACAACAUAUGGCAGCCUUUUGAAGACACAGUUAUUUCAUUAAUUGUCCAGUCCAGCAAUUAUUCAAUAUUGAUUUUAACAAAGAAUCAUUUAAUGCUAGCAACCAUCUUGAUGUUGUUACAAUAAUUAUUGAAGACCAUAUAAACAUGUGUAUAUCAAUUGUGCAGAUAAAAAUAAUCGAUCCUAUUAUAUAUGACUGUUUUCUAUUAGAAUAAUGUCUCGUGUGCAGCCAACUUAUUAUCCCCUAUUUCAAAAGUUCAGGAAGUGUUUCAUUUUAUAAGAACUAUUUUUCUUACUGUGUGUGUUUAUUAUAGAGAAAGACAUCAAAUUUUAUUUAUUCAUCAGCAUUGAAAGAUUCGUUUUUCAUACAGUAGACUGGUAAUUAUACCAUUACAUGUUUUAGAACAAAUGUUAUUUAAUUUAACAUUAGUACAUAUUGAAUGUAUAUUUGGAUUAGACUUUCUUUCUGUUGUUCAAGAAGAAGAUCUUCAUACUUGUAUAUACUGGCACAUGUAUGUAGUUUUAAAUCACAUGGCCAUAUAAUAUAUUCAUAACUGGGUGUCUAUUGCCUGUCUGUUGUCCAUGAUUUACUUUUCCAAUUUUUAAGGAUGGUUUGCAAAACAGCAUUUGAAUUAACCAUUGGCUAACCUUUAUUAUGGUAUAAUAUCUAGGAAGGUUUAAAGGGGUUCGGGAAGUCUAAUAACUUUUUUUCCAAUCAUAAAAAAGAAUGUUUUUUGCCAUUCAGGCUUAUAGAAUUUAGAAUUAUACUUUAUUUGUUAAGCUACACUUGAAAUGUUCUAUUGAAAUAAUUUAAAAAUCAUAAGAAUUAUGUUUGAUAUAAAAAAUAUGUAAAGGGUUGCAUGGAACCCUGUUUCUCACCUGGGAUUGCUGUUGUCAGUGUAAAAGUAUAAUGUUGACUGUAAAAAGUGAGUACAUUUAUCACUAACAUACCGGCACAGAAUUUAAAAAAAAAAUUUCUUCAAAUGCUUUUUCCUUAUCUUCAAAAUUAGCUUCUGUCCAAGUUUUAUAAAGGAAGGUUUACAAAUUUAUCAUGUCAAAGAAAUUUUGUCAAAUAUGCACACUGAUCUUAGCAAUUGAUUAUUGAUGGGAUUGUCUUAAACUUAAAAAAAAAUUUAGUUUAUUUCAUUUUUAUACGCCCAUUUACGGGACGUAUUAUGAUAUACUUCUGUCCGUCGUCAACACAUCUGACAAUAACUCAAAAAAGGCUUUAACCAAUUUUUAUGAAACUUUGGUGAAUUUUUUAUAGCUAUUGACGUAAGCUCUCUUUCGAUUUUUAUAAAUUUUAGAUUUUA